AUGCAUAUUGAAGUCCAACUGACUGAAGUAACCAAUGUUACUGCUCCAGAGAUGAAACAAGUGAUCGAGCAGAUUGCUGCUACCAAUCUAAGUGUAUUUGAAGCCAAACAACUCAGCAUUCAGUCGAUUCCAUUUCCGAACUCUAUGUAUAUGUAUGCCGUUGAGUCAUUACAAGUAUCAGGCACAGGAUAUCCAGCCCAAGUCCACGUUUACAAGCUCAAUUACUCCAAAUCCUUUGAAGAUAAGAUCGAAAAUGAAGAUGAAGUUUUGUCCCUAUCAACACAGACCAUUCUACCAUCGGCAAACUACGCCAAACUCUGGGAUUCCAUCAUCCUUGGUGAUGCAGACGACAGCGUUAAAGAGAUGCUGAUCCAUUUCAUGGAAACUUCACUUACUUUUGCCGACCAUGGCAUUUCAUCGGACAUCGUUACAUGCAACAGGAUCAUAUUACUCUACGGACCACCAGGUACAGGCAAGACCACGAUCUGCAGAGGUUUGGCCCAUAAACUCGCGAUCAGACUCUCAGAAAGGUUCAGCCGCGGAAUGCUCUUGGAAGUGAACACUCAUUCCUUGUUUUCCAAGUGGUUCGCAGAGUCAGGCAAGAUGGUGAAGAAACUCUUCGACAGAAUCCACAUGUUGGCCGCUGAUUCGACCACUCUUGUCUUCGUUCUCAUCGAUGAAGUCGAAAGUAUCGCAACAGCCAGACAAAGUUCGAUGAACGGAGCUGAUCCAAGCGAUGCAAUUCGUGUUGUCAAUGCCUUAUUGACACAGAUCGACCAACUCAGGAAAUGUGAGAAUAUCAUGAUCAUGGCGACAUCGAAUUUAACCGAAUGCAUCGAUCUCGCGUUCCUUUCAAGAUCAGAUAUCAAACAAUACGUUGGUCCUCCUUCGAUCGAAGCAAGAUACAACAUUUUCAUGGAUUGUAUCAAUGAAUUGACAUCAAAGGCAGUCUUAAUGAUGAACUCUGUCAUCAUGGACUUUGAGUCAAUAAAGAUCUUCAAAGGAUCUUCUUCUGACAUUGGUGCAACAUUUGGUGAAUCAAUCGAGUUGUACAAUGCAGCAGAAGAAGCUGAAGGAUUGUCUGGAAGACAGUUGAGAAGACUUCCAACUCUCGCUUUUUCACAAUCUCGGUUCAAAAUUCCCUUACAAUACUCUGAAUUCAUAAAGGAGCUGCACAUCGCAAUCGAAAAAGAACAAAGAGAGACAAAAAGAGUCUCAAAUCAAUAA